AUGGAGAAUGAGGUGGUCCGAGUGUUGGUCACUGAUCAGGAGCAGCAGGGGCAGUGGCAGGGGCAGGGUGGAUGGCAUCGGCCUACAUUAGCAUUGACUAGCCAACAAAAAAACCUCAUUGAGCAGUUUCUUCUACAGCGAAGUACCGCUGGAGUGCUGCCAAGAGGUUCUUGUGCAGAGGCUGCCAAUGAAUUCAACAUCCACAAAAGGACAGCAGAAAGAAUAUGGCACAUCAGUAAGCAGCAGAUAAACAGAGGUGAACCUGUCAUGAUGGAAGGCAAAGUAAGAGGUUAUCAACACAAAGACAAACUCAUGUUAGAUGAAGACAAGUUUAGAAACCUGUCCAUGCUUGAGAGAUCAACCAUAAGGAAGGUUGCUUCUAAGAUGGAAGUGAGCAAGACAACAAUUGGUAGAUUUCUUAAGAGUAAUCAAUUGAAACCUCAUACAAGUGCUAUCAAGCCUGCACUUACUGAAACCAACAAAAUUGCAAGGAUGAAAUGGUGUCUUUCUCAUAUUCAACCUACACUCGCUGAAGGUAAACUUCUUUACCAUUCAAUGCACAACAUUGUUCAUAUUGACGAGAAAUGGUUCUACAUGACAAAGACAUCAGAUAGAUACUACCUGUUGCCGGAUGAAGAUGUGCCAUACAGGUCCUGUAAGUCCAAGAGAUUCAUCACUAAAGUGAUGUUCAUGGCUGCUGUGUGUAGGCCACUUUGUGGGCCUGAUGGAGACAUCAUAUUCGAUGGUAAAAUAGGGUUAUUCCCAUUCACAGACCAGAUACCAGCCCAAAGAAGUUCAAAGAACAAGCCAAAAAGGACAAUGGAGACAAAGCCUAUUCAGUCAAUUACCAAGGAAGUCAUGACAACUUGUCUCCUAAACCAGAUUAUACCAUCAAUCAAAGCCAAAUGGCCAGCCAAUGCAAGCAAUAAGAUUUUCAUACAGCAAGAUAAUGCCAAACCUCACCUUAGAGCAGCUGAUCAUCACUUUGAGGCACUUGCAAGUACUGAUGGAUUUGAAUUCCAUCUAAUUAGCCAACCACCAAACUCCCCAGACACAAAUGUGUUAGACCUUGGGUAUUUCAGGGCAAUACAGUCACUACAGGAUGACAAGAUGGCCACAAGUGUAGAUGAUUUGCUUAGGAAUGUGUUUACCUCAUUUGAAGAACUCUCACCACAGACUCUGAAUAGAGUAUUCAUCACUUUGCAAAGCUGUUUGACAGCAAUAUUACAAGUGCAUGGGAAGAAUGACUACAAGAUCCCUCAUAUGAACAAGAACAGGUUGGAAAAAACAGAGGGGUUGCCUUUACAACUUCAGGUUGAAGAAGGAUUGGUGAGACAGAGCUUGGAGUAUCUAAAGCUGCCUGAAAACAACACUGGGGACUCAUAUGACAUAGGGCGGCUUAACCAUGCUUUAGGGUACUAG